AUGAACCUCGUUCUCGCAGAUACUGAAGAGUUCCGUCGAGUAAAGAAGAAGUCGGGCAAGGGAGGGCAGGCCGCACCCGGCAGUAGCAGCACUACCCCGUUGGUUGAAGCUGAAGAGAAACGAACACUUGGACUCACCAUUGUACGCGGAACACACGUUGUGUCAUGUUCAGUCGAUGGCCCGCCGCCCGCAGAGCCAGCCGCCAGGCUAGGAACAACUGCUGCCGGUCUUGCGGGUGGCUCUGCUACACUCGCUGCUGGGCCUGGAAUCAGUAAACCUGCGGGACGGGGCCUACCCGUUGGACUUGGUGGACCAGCUGCUGGUGUGGGAGGACCGCCACCACCUGCUGGAUUUGGCGCAUUUCCACCCCCGGCGGGAUUCCCCGGCGGACCACCUCCGGGUUUUGGAGGUCGAGGCGGACCUCCCGGAGGACCACCUGGAGGAUUCCAACCACCGCCCGGCUUCCAGCCUCCGGGACAAGGACGAGGCUUCCCACCAGGCAUGGGUGGACGAUGA